UGACGAUUUUACGUAACUCCAAUCCUGCGCGAAAUAUGAAGCAACGCGGAAAAACAGUAGCGGUUCUUCAGUGAUCGGUUGUUUUUAAUCGUGUUUCGGUGUUGGGGUCGGGUAUGGAGUACGGCAAGGACCGCGUGGUGGCCCUGGUGGACAUGGACUGCUUUUACGUGCAGGUGGAGCAGAGAUUGAACCCUGCUCUGGCCAACAAACCCUGCGUGGUAGCUCAGUACAAGACGUGGAAGGGAGGAGGAAUCAUUGCUGUGAGUUAUGAGGCCAGAGCCCAUGGAGUCACGAGAAACAUGUGGGUGGACGACGCUAAGAAACUGUGCCCAGACCUGGAGGUGGCGCGUGUCCGAGAGUCUCACGGCAAAGCAGACUUAACACAUUACAGAGAGGCGAGUGUGGAAGUGAUAGAGGUGAUGUCACGCUUUGCUGUCAUCGAGCGAGCCAGUAUUGAUGAAGCCUACAUGGAUCUCACAUCUGCGGUCCAAAAAAGAUUAAAGGACAUGACCAACCAGCAGAUAGACCCUCAUCUCCUGAAGACCACCUAUGUCCAGGGUUACCCACAAAAUGUAUCUGAUGAACCAGAAUCAGCUCAAGGAUUAGAUAAAGAAGGAGAGAGGUCCAGAGGUUUAGAGCAGUGGCUGUCUUCUUUGCCCCCCAACCUGUCUGAAGACCAGUACCCAUCAGAGGUCCAGCUGACUCUGGGAGCGGUGAUCGUUGAAGAAAUGAGAGCUGCUGUGGAGAAAGACACAGGGUUCCGCUGUUCAGCAGGGAUAGCUCACAAUAAGGUGCUAGCCAAAUUAGCAUGUGGACUUAACAAGCCAAAUCGACAAACAAUUCUGCCUAUGGACUCUGUGCCUGAGCUGUUCAACUCACUGCCCAUCAGUAAAAUUCGUAACCUUGGAGGCAAACUUGGCACAUCUAUAACUGAAACCUUGGGGAUAGAGAAUAUGGGAGAGCUCACACAGUUCUCACAGGCUCAGCUGGGGCAACACUUUGGGGAGAAGACGGGUCAGUGGCUAUACGACCUGUGCAGAGGAAUUGAAUUUGAACCAGUGAAGCCGAGACAGCUUCCUAAGUCCAUCGGUUGCAGUAAGAAUUUUCCAGGAAGAACAUCAUUGGCAACAAAGGAGCAGGUGCAAUAUUGGCUUCAUCAGCUGGCCCUGGAGCUGGAGGAAAGGCUAAUUAAAGACAGGGAUACAAAUGGUAGGGUGGCGAAACUUCUAACUGUUGGAGUACGUCAACUUGGAGACAAGCGACCAAACAGCUUCUCGCGCUGUUGUGCUUUGGUCCGUUAUGAAGCAAGCAAACUUUCAAGUGACAGUUUUUCAAUCAUUAAGAGUCUCAACACAUCUGGAAACCAACAAGAAGCCUGGACUCCACCCCUCACCUUGCUUCACCUGUCAGCGAGCAAAUUCAACGAUGCACCAUCCGCCGGGGGCAUUGCUGGCUUCCUUUCUAGCGAUCUCUCUGCUACACAGGAUCUUUUCGCUUCCACUCAACCCACAACCCAGGCAUCCUCUGAAGUGAAAAAUGGCACAGCGCCCAAGAGACCAGGAAGUAUUCAGUCCUUGUUUCAAAAAGCUACAGAGAAACAAAAACAUAAACUGUCAGUACAGGCACAAGAGGGAGGAGAAAAAGGCUCGACCUCGGUUUCUGAGGACACAUUUACAGGUGAGGGUCGGAAAAGUUGCAAUUCCAGUCCAGCUAACCCCAAAAGCAGCAUCUCUUCAUUCUUCCAAAAGAAACAAAUGGAAAGAAGUGUACAGCCAAUGCCUUGCAUUGCAGAUAAAACAGAAACUACUCUGUCUGUUGAUCCUGUUUCUGAAAUAAAUUCUGCAGUUUUGAUUUUAAAACCUACAGAUGACAUAGUUAACAACAACAGCUUGGUAAAUUCCUGUGAUGAUUUCAAAAGCCAAUUGGAUGAUGAUGAAAAUGGUGAUUUGACUGCCAAUUCUUCGAGUAAAUCUGAUAUUCAAUCCAGUGUCCCAGCUGUGGUCGACAAAGAAGACUUGUGUCAGUGUGAAAAGUGUGGAAAGGAAGUUUUAGUUUGGGAAAUGCCUGAACACAUGGACUUUCACUUUGCUAUGGAGCUUCAGAGUUCAUUUUCAACCUCUGUAAGAUCUCCUUCAGCUUCUUCUGGGUCAGUUCCUCAAACAUCUCUGAGGUUAGGGUCAGGAGCCGGGAAAACAAAAGUUAAAGGUCAAAUGGGGCCACAAGCCAAACGACCUCGAUCUGGUGGGAGUACGGGGACCCUGGAUUCAUUUUUCAAGAAAAGUUAACAGGAACAGGUGUUGGGGAUAUUUCUAUUGUCAUUUCAUUUACUCCAAAUAUGUCUUUAUGCAUCAUGAAUUUGUAUAGUGUGGAUUGGUAUAUUAUUGUAUUUUAUGUAUGAAUAAGAUAAAGAACUAUAAAACACUUAAUAAAAAUGGCAAAUUGUUAUUUAAACUUAUUUAAAAUUUGUAACUACCAUUAGAAUAACUGGUGAAAGAAGUACUCAAUUUUGUUACUUAAGUAUAGAUACCAGAGCAAAAAAAUACAAAUGAAAGAAAAAUCUACUGAAGUACAACUCUUAAAGUGCCUCUUUACAAAUAUACACGGAGAGAAAAAAGUAUGUAUGUAAGCUUAUUUUCAGACCUAAUAAAGCUUCAAAUGUACUGACUUUGAUAAAGACUUGUGUUGAGCAGUAUAGAUGCCUAAAAUGUAUACUUAAAUACAGUACUUUUACUUCAUUACAUUCCACCACUGCAUAUAAUUUUAUUUACAUAUGCAAGGAGUUUUUAUAAUGAUCAUUAGCACACACAAGGUUCCAAAUGGCUGCUUUUUAUG